AUGGCCUCCCACGACUCCGACGAGUUCCUUACCGAACUCCCUCCAAUCCCCGAAGACGAAUUCGUCAUCUUCGGCACUGUCUACGCGUACCCAGAGCACGCAGAUGCACUGGAAGUUGUCUAUGCUGAGACUACCCGGCUGGCACAGUUCGAGCCUGGCUCAAUCUAUUAUUGCAUCUGCAGAGACGAAACUGAUCGGAAUCUUUUCCAUUUCUUUGAGAGGUAUGCUGGGCGUCAGGCGUUCGAGGAUCACAACGCGCAGGCUAUUAUUGUGAAGCUUAUGGCAGAUAAGUGGAUGAAGGGCGUUAAGGCGAAGUUUAUGAAGGCCAUUCCGCCGACGAAGGUUUAG